AUGGCAAUUCAGCGUGGCUAUCGUGCACUCGUCAAAAAUAUGACUGCAUGGUAUGCCAAGGAGGGCAAUGCCGCACGCGAACGCACAGAUGCACCGAUAAACCACACGCCCGAUGUAUCGCGGCGUACAAUCCUCGUAUGCAAGAGACAAAGCCACUUGACCCUUGGUAUCAUUGUCAUAGUAGCAAUUGGUCAAGGGUCUGUGUCUGUCAAGUUUGUGAUAGGCAUCGAAGUCAAAUAUCGUGAAAUAUUGCUUGGGCGCUUUGAUAGCUUUGGCAUAGUCCUGCACGAGGAAGCCGAUAAGAGGGCUCACUUGCCACUCCCUCGUGCUUCCGACUCGAGGCUGAUCAUGAAACACAAGCGGAAAACUUGGACGUAG